AUGGGUCGGUUCGCCCAGGAGAGCCACACGGACCUCCGUGACUGGUACGUCCAGUGCCUCAAUUUCCGGGCCCUCAAGCGGCGCCUCAUCGACGAUCCUCCGGACCCGUACGACGACCACCCCUCCAUGAUGACCAUGACCACCGCCUCGCCGGACGAGGCAUCAGCGGCAGCGACCGGCGAGGGUGGUACCACCAACAACGGCGCUUCCUCCUCCUCGCCACCCGCUGUUGGCCCGCGAAGCGACGAUCUAUCCGCCGGGCUCGAUGACCUGGAGCAGCAGGAGGCGCUGCUGAAGGCGGAGCGGGGAGGAAUCGGCGACGGCGGGACGGCUAGCGGCGGCGGCGGCGGCCGCGGCAGCAGCGCUUGGGGGAGGCGGAGAGCAGCGGACGGCGGUGGGGGACGGAUAUCGCUCGCCUUUCCCGACCCGGCGAGCAGGGUGUUUAUCUUCGAGAUAAACGAGGAGCUGGAACGGAUGUGGGCGUUCUACCGGAACGAGAGCGACCAGUGCGCCGCCAAGCUUUCCGCCCUCCACGACGCUUCCGCCUCCCUCCGACACCAGCUACACCGGAAGCUGGGCGGGAUGGGGGGCGUCCCAGAAGACUUUUCUUCCGCCGCGGCAGCAGGCGGCAGCGGCGUUGGGUACGAGGGCGGCGGUAGCAAGAGCAGUGCCGUCGGCGACGGCCCUGGCGGUACCGCGGCGACGACGGCAUCUCUCCUGGACGACCCAGACCUGCAGUACAGCAGCAGCCCGGUCGUUUCCACCGGCGGGGUGCUGCGCCCGACCCCUCAGGGGGAAGACGAAAACGGGCGGGGCUCCUCCGGCUGGGGAAUGUCCUCCUCGGCGCCUUCCGGCCCUUCAGUGGGGGGCGGCGGUGGUGGCGACGUGGACGGCGGCGCGGCCAAGGCUAACGCCGCCUUCGGGGGCGGCAACGGCUUCAUGAGCAACGGCGGCGGCGGCGACGACGACGGAAAUGCGACCACCGAGGACCCGUAUGUGCGGGCGUCCCUCAAGAGGGCCAUCGUGGAGCUGUACGACACCUGCCACCGGCUGCUGUCGUUCAAGAUGCUCAACUACGAUGCCUUUGUGCGGCUGAUGGAGCUCCACUGCCGUCGUCCCGAGGUAGCGGGAGCUCCCCCCAGACCUCCUUGGUCCGCCGGCAAGAUGACCGGGGUCGGUGAUCAUCAGGGCGCCAAGGCCGGGGGCGCCGUAGGGGGGGAAGGGGUGGGGGCGUUGUCGAAGGAGAAGGCGAUGAAGGUCUGGCUGCUCGAGCAGCCCCUGUUCUCGGCCCGCGACCUCAACGGCACGCUAGCGGGAGCGGAGCUCCUGUACGCGUCGCUGUUCUGCAACGGCGACGUGGACGUUGCCCGGACGGCCCUGACCUUCAAGGCGUCCAGCUCUCUCCGGGGGAACAGGCGCUUCGACUUCGGGUACCGCCUCGGUGCCGCGACGGUGCUCCUGGCGUGGGCGAUGUGGGACUGCAUCGCGGACGACUCGUUGGGCAAGGACGUGUGGCACGACCCGGCCUUCAAGAUCUACCGCGGGCUAGGCAACCUUGUCCUCCUCGUGUACAUGUGGGGGGUCAACAUCUGGGUUUGGAGGCGUUUCGGCAUCGACUACGAGAGGUGCCUGUCCCUGGAUCCUAAGGGUCCGCGCGUGGACCCUUGCGAGCAGGUGUGGAACGCCGGGUGCAACCUGAGCAUCGCCUUCCUGGUAUCGUUCAUCUGCUUCUACAAGUGCCUCAGGGGGGUCCUGCUCAACCCCACGUGGGUGCCGAUACAGUUCGCGCACACGUUCCCGCUGCUGCUGCUGUUCUACAUGCUGCUGUGCUUCCUGACACCUUGGCACGAACGGAAGGGUCUCCUGCGAGUCCUGUGGACGACGAUAAUCUCGCCCUUUGGACAGGUCCGAUUCCUGGAGGGCUACGUGGGCGAUAUCCUUACCAGCGUUGUGAGGGUGCUGAUCGACGUGGCUUUCGCGUUCCUCUACUUCCUGUCGGGCGUGAGAGGCUGGCUCGGCAACGGCCUUGACCUCUCGAACGAUCCCAUCAGCAGCGACCCCUGGUUCCAGAACCUGCUGGUGCCGUUGCUGAUGGUUGCGCCACUGUGGUGGCGUUUCCAGCAGAACCUCCGGAGAUCGUACGAGACCAGACAGAGGUGGCCGCACCUGGGGAACGCGCUCAAGUACGCGACGGCCAUGUCGGUGUCGCUGUUCGGCACCUUCCAGCCGCAGAUGAAGAGCAGCUGGGUGUGGGUCUUCUGCUUCGUGUUCGCCACGCUGUACCAGUUCUCGUGGGACGUGGUGAUGGAUUGGGACCUGCUGAGAUGCCGGGACGGGAAAUCCCUCCCCUUGGGCCCCCCCUUGGUCUACCCCAACAAAAACCUGUACACCAACGUGGCAGUGGGGAACCUGCUCCCUUCAUUCCCGGGGACCGUUACCCUGGUUCCUGAAAAACCCCCCAAACUGUUUCCCCCCGAAUUCCCAAACUACCCCAACCCGUUCAUCCCGGCAACGGAAAACCUCCCGAAGACCAUGUGGGGCUUUAUACGAGUGGAAAACGAGCACCUCCGCAUUUAUGACGGCGGCGGAACCUCCGACGGUUCGGGGAGCCCGGGCCCGGACGCAGGCCCGGGAGCGGCGGGAGGAUUCCAGCACAUCGCCUCCUGCUCCAGCAUGUCGACGAUGGCUAGCAGCUCAAUCAACAGCAACAUUUCCUCUUCGAUCGGUGGCGGCGGCAGCGGGCUCGGAGUUCCCAUUAUGGGAGGAGGAGGCCUCGGCGGCAGCCGGGGGUCGGGGUUGGAUAAGCUCCCCUACUCGCGCAUGGAGAUGCCGUCGUCAUCGGGCGGCGGGAUCGGCCUGUUGCGCCGCGCGACUAGCCCGUUGAGGGCGUGGUGCUUGAUAAGGGUGAAGCACGAGUCACGCUGCCGACUGCUGACCGAGCUCUGCGCCUUCUCGGCCGCUCUCGUCUGCGUCGGCUUCCUCGCGGGACUGUCAUGACACUCGCGGGACUAUCACGACACGUGAUGGCGAUAGCUGCUGCAGUGUCACCGCCUGGCGCGUUACGUAGUAGUUCGAUCUUUUUAGAUGAGUUUGGUUGUGGCCACGGCGUUGUUUCGAGGUUUGCGUUUUUGUGGCGUCUGCUACAUGUCGCGUUGUCGGGUAUUAUAUCCUUGGUCGUGCCCCGUGUCCUAGUUCUUGGUUUCCUUACGUUGGUGGGGUUGGUUGUUUAUCCAAGCGCGCGUUGCAGAGCGAGUGGUGGAUGCACAGAACAGAUCGAGAGAGACAAGAGACUGACAGACAAGAGACAGGAGGAGCAAAAUAUCGUCAGAGAAGUAAUUGCGAGAUCUAUGGUGUAAGCGCUUCUUUCGGUUGAUUUAUUUCCUCUAUUAUUGUAAGCUUUUCGAGUGUCGUGUGGCGGAGGAGGAACGUUGCAUGGCCCUGCUUGGGCGUAUAACCACGUACACAUGGCGUAUGAACUUGGGCGUUCACUGAGCGCUUGCUACAAAGCAGCAAGCGCGUGGUGGGUGUUGCGCCGGCGUGGUGGGUGUGUCCCGUAAAGAGGCCGAAGAUGACAGUUUCAGCCGCCUUCCUCCUGCCUGUAUCCCGGGUGCCUUUGCCUGGUCCCGCUCUGCUGCCUGAUGUCAGAGUACCUCUCGAUCAUAUGUAUGUGUGGAUGAUAUCUUGCUGCUCUUUUGCGUGUGUUCAGUUGUUGGUUGUUCGUGUUUUGCGACGAUGUAUCUCUGUUGGGCUUGUUGCUUGUCGGCUGCAUGAGGGGGUGCAUGCAUUUUUUUCAGUUCCGUUCGCAGUUGGGUUUCUUUCAGAGACACUCGUCUCCUUUUUGCGCUUCCUUCUGAGCCAUGUUUCGAUUAUCGGCUGGCGUUCGGCGGUGUGAUUAUUGGUAGUUUGUAAAUUAGAUGAACCUGUGAGACGUAUUUUUCGCAUUUUUUCGUUUUUUCGUUGGUACUGAGAGAAAUCGUUCCCAGGCAGGGUGGUCUCUCUUUCG